AAUAAUCAAAAGAUCCUCAUUCAACGCCUAAACCCGGACACAGACCCACACGUGAAACUGAAUUAACCGAGACCCGACCAAUAUUGAGGGAUAAAAUGGCUUUUGAACAGGCCCAAGCUGCUGUUUCGUCGAUGCUACAUGGUAUAAAUAGGUACAAUCCUGAGAAUCUUGCUAACCUGGAGAAAUAUGUGGAGAUCCAAGUCAGAGAAAACCAAUAUGAUCUGGAAGCAAAUCUCGCCAUUUUGAAAUUGUAUCAGCUGAAUCCAGCGCACUUCAAAAUGCACACAGCUGCUCUUAUCUUUCUCAAGGCAAUGACCAACCUUCCACAUACCGAUGUCAUCCUUUGCAAAUGCCUCUUAGACAAUGAUGUUCAACAAGAGGAACCACUGGCAUCCAUUUGUUACUUUGCAGGAUUAUUAGAAACCUGUCACUUUAAACAGUUCUGGAUUGAGUAUGAUGCCAGGCCUGCAGCCUUACAAAAUAUUGCUGGUUUUCACAAUGCCAUCAGAAAAUUCAUCUGUCAUGUGAUCAACAGUACCUACCAGACCAUUGAGAAGGUACAGCUUGGUGAACUUCUAGGAAUAUCAGAUGAUACAGAGCUGAAGAGUUGGAUGGCCAACUAUGACUGGAAGGAACUUGAUGGGGGUAAGGUCUUCAUUUCCAAUCAGGAUGAAAGCGUCAAGACGAAGAACAUCACAGAGAAAAUUGGCUUUGAUAAUGUGGCUACUGUUAUGAAGAUAUCCCAGUGACCCUUGAGUAAGACAACAUGGACAAUUCAUAAACUUUACAAAUACCAUUCUGAAAAUGGCAGUGAUACGGAGUGUAUAUGAGACACAUUCAUGUAGUGGAGCAAUUUAUGACCUUGUUGUGACCUACAAGAAGUUCAAUGUGAUUUGUCUUCAUGUUCCAGUGUAUAGAGGUCUGCUGUUCAAGUGCAUCAUGGGAUUCCUCUACUUUCUGUGUGUUGUCGUGUUUACCAUUCGUUUCAGUUUAGAAUCAUGUUAUAUUUAUGUAGGUCAAUUCAUAUUAGCAUUUACAAAUACUUUACAAAACAGUGAAUUUAAGUUCUUGUCCUUGUGGAAUAUUUACACCAUGUAAGAAAGAUUCUGGAAUUAAUACCGAAUUGACCACUAAAAUAACGGUGGGAAUAGUAUUCAAAUGAUUCUAAUAUUUGAAAAUUCAUAUUUGUUAUUUUGACACUGAUAUUAUCAUGACAGGUCUGCCCAAAGGCAACUGUCAAAGAAUAUA